CUUCUUCGAUCGAUGAUUCGUUCGUUAACAUCCGACUCCUCGGUUACGAGACGAUUGGAAACGAAAAAUAGAAAUUGUACAUUGUUGGAGAGGAAGAACCCCUCGAGAAGAAGGUGGGCCAGAAGAUGAAAGAGCCGGUAAAGAGUUCUUUCUAGUAGAUAUAGAGAGGAACUGCUCGCGGUCAUUCUUCGCCGUAAUUACCGAACAGAUAAGAGAAUGAAACACGACGAAAAGAACGGAAAGCAAAGCUGCGGAGAGCGUGGUGAAGGAGGAGGAGGAGGAGGAGGAGGAGGAAGCCGAGCAAAGUGGUAAGAGAAAAAUCUUCUUCGGUCCUCUUCGAGAAUAAUGCACGCACCCAGGGGACCUGGCUUUCAGGAAAAUGCUGAUUGCUUCUCUCUCUCCAUCUCCACCGCCACGCCCCCCUAUCACCUCUCCCUCCGUUAACUCUUCGCGAUUUCUACUAUCGCCGAUUCUCUUCUUCUCCUUCUUCGACCGUUCCCCAUCCUCUCUUUCUCGGCCUCUAUCCCCCUUUUUCCUUCUCUCUCUUCGUCGUCGCUACCUUAUCGAUACUGUUUCACUUGUUCUCUCAUCUCCAGGGACACCCGCAUAUCUAUCCGCAUAUAAAGACGAUUUUCUGGAACGAUGUAUGAAUUGUACUGUGGAAAAUGGAAAUCUCGUGGAGUAUAUAUAUAUAUUCAUAUACGGAACAUUGAGAAAUUUUGAGAAUGCAUGAAAAGAAGAGAUUUUAGAUGCAUGGUUGAAACGACUGGAUGAUCGAGAGAGAGAGAGAGAUAAUGAAUAAAUGCAAGAUCGUCCGAGGAAACGGGAGAGGCGAAUCACGGAGCGAGAAUGGGCGGCGGAGAAUGGAACGGUUGGUUGCAACGAUGUCGAGAAUCGCGAAGAUUGGUCCUCGUGAUCGUCGCUAUUGCUCUACUUUUGGACAAUAUGCUCCUGACCACGGUCGUUCCAAUUAUACCAGAGUUUCUGUACGAUAUCAAGCAUCCGAAUGCAACGUUGAGCCAACAUUUCGAACAAAGUGGACGAGCAACGGUCACCGGUGUUCAUCCAACGAGUAUCAAUAUCGUGACCUCCACGAGCCCGAGUGUGACAACCACGCCGAAAUGCCUUUGCGCUUCGACAACCAAAACGAAUGAUUCUCAAUUGGAAUUUCUUUACCCGAGCACAUCCCCGUCUAGCAUCGAGUCGACGACGAUGGGUUUGCUUGGGACCACGAGCAGCGGCGAAACGGGUACAACGAUAGAAUCGGAGGAAAAACAACGACACCGCGAGUUGCUUCAGGAAACGGUUGCCGUUGGUAUAAUGUUCGCCUCGAAGGCUUUCGUUCAAUUGCUGGCAAAUCCGAUCGUCGGCCCCCUUACCCACAAGAUCGGUUACAGCAUACCUAUGUUCACCGGUUUCAUUAUUAUGUUCAUUUCCACUUUGAUAUUCGCAUUUGGACGAAGUUACGGCAUUCUUUUCUUAGCAAGAGCCCUUCAAGGUAUUGGUUCGUCGUGCUCGAGCGUAUCUGGUAUGGGUAUGCUGGCUGAAAGAUACCAAGAUGACAAAGAGCGUGGAAACGCAAUGGGUAUCGCGCUCGGUGGAUUGGCCCUUGGUGUUCUCAUAGGUCCACCAUUCGGCGGUGUAAUGUACGAAUUCGUUGGGAAAUCUGCUCCGUUCUUGAUACUUUCUGCUUUGGCACUUGGUGAUGGAAUUUUACAACUUUUGGUGCUUCAACCGUCCGUCGUAUACACUGAAGCGGAUCCACCAUCGCUAAAAACACUCAUCACCGAUCCUUAUAUCGUUUUGGCCGCUGGCGCAAUAACAUUCGCCAAUAUGGGUAUCGCUAUGCUUGAGCCCAGUCUUCCAAUUUGGAUGAUGGAUACGAUGUGUGCAAGUAGAUGGGAACAAGGUGCUACGUUUCUGCCGGCAAGCAUUAGUUAUUUAAUCGGAACUAAUCUUUUUGGACCACUUGGGCAUAGAAUGGGCAGGUGGUUAGCUUCAUUGAUCGGUCUUGUUGUGAUUGGUAUUUGCUUGAUGUGUAUACCGCUAGCUAGAAGUAUCAACCAUUUGAUCGUACCUAAUGCAGGCUUGGGAUUUGCUAUUGGUAUGGUGGACAGUUCGAUGAUGCCCCAAUUAGGAUAUUUAGUGGACAUACGACAUACUGCUGUUUAUGGAAGCGUGUAUGCCAUUGGAGAUGUUGCGUUCUGCUUAGGUUUCGCAAUUGGACCUGCUUUGAGUGGUACAUUAGUCAACAGUAUUGGUUUUGAGUGGAUGUUAUUUGGCAUUGCUAUUUUAAACUUUAUUUAUGCUCCAUUGAUGUACUUUUUACGAGCACCGCCAACGAAAGAAGAGAAAAAGUCAUUGAUAAUUGGCGAAAAAUCGUCUGUACGUUACGUAACGUAUCAAAACGAGGAGGAAGAACAAUAAUUGAAAGGAUGAUUUCGAAUACAAAAUACGCAGUUCACUCCCUGCAUUCUUGAGAUGGAACAACGAGUUAAUACGAUGAAAGAAUUCUAUGUCGAUAAUGUUUCCAAAAAUAUAAUUAGACUAAAUAUUAUUUACUCCUUUGUUUAGCGCAAACUGUAUAUAUACAUGGUACAUAGUAUUAGAUCGUAAGAAUAAGUGUGUGCGUUCAAAAAUCGUAUGCGUCGAUGACGCAUUAGCUAACAGAUAUAUUGAUUGAUCGAGGCACCGAAGUAAAGAUACAUUGAUAUAUCAUCAAAUAUCGUCAAAUAUGCGAAUUUUUAAUCAGUUGAGAUAUUGUCGAUCUUUCAAAGAUCAUUAAUUUUUAUUUAAAUGGAGAAUCACCUGCUUUGGAUUCCCUGAAUGGCUGCAGGGAAACCGCAAUAAUAAUAAAAAUAAUUAUAAUAAUGAGCAGGUAUGAUGAAGAAUUCUCCAAAUUCUUAAUAAUUAAAUCGAAUCGGAUGAAAAAUUUAAAUAUUGUCAUGAUUAUCUUUUUUACUUAAACAAAAUCAUGGAGGGAGGCGGUAUCUCAACGAUUGGAAAUUCGCAGCUUUGUUUUUAAUGAGGAAGG